AAAUUGUUCAGUAGGAAUGCGAGAAAUUAUUUAUAGAUAUUACGUUCACAUUAUUUGUAUUAUCAAGAGCAACACUUUCAUUCAUGAGUAUCUAUUUAUGAAUCGAUUAAUGUACAUACAUCCGGGAGCUCAUUACAUAAGAAUUUCGGCAAUUGCGUGGCAAAAAACAGCUGUGUCAAUACAGACUGUGGAAAUAAAAUUCUUCGCCGCAAUCAUCAACUAAUGAACAUAGAUUCAAUAACUGUUACCGUUCGGUGCACUAUAAAAGGCCAAACAAAAUUAGCAACCAUCACAUUCGUCCCGAGUCGUUCUUCCAAAAGCCUUCCAAAAACACACAAAAUGAAAUCCUUCGUGUAUUUCGGAUUGGUCCUUGCUGUGGUCUCAACCGCCAACAGCCAACUGCUGAACGCUAUCAAUGAUCUGGCAACGGCUGGACAGAAUUUGAAAACCUCCGUCAAGGCAGCUAACUUCCAAAACCCGGCUGUCAAAAGUGCCUUGUCUCAAAUUUCGACCGAUGCCAAAGCCUUCCUCGCUAUCGCACAGAGAGAUGCCCCGAAAGUUGCUGCCCUGGAAAGCUUCCUGCAGAACGAUCUGAUCAACGCAAUCGGAAGCCUUACCAGCAUGCUUGGAGAACUGAACUCGGGAGUCCAGAAUGCCGGAAACAUCCCAGUCGUUAAGGAUGCUCUGACCAGAUUCAUCAUGAACGGAACCCCGGUGCUGAACCAGAUCCAGAAUGUUUUGGCUAGUAAUCCGACUAAUGAGUUCGCUGAAGCCCUGGAAGCUAUCCGUAAGAUCCAGAGUGAUAUCGCUGCCCUGCAAAUUGCUGCCAAUCUGUAAAAUGUGAAUGAUUUGACUAAAUAUAUACAACA